AUGGAAAAAGACAUAAUUAUAGAUUAAAUAAGAGAAUAGAAAAAGUAUUUGAUAGAGAUUAUCUUAAGUUAUUAAUUUUAAUUUCUAAUUUUAUGUUUUAUAUGUAUUCUAAUCAAUUAUUAAUGGCCAAUCAUUAAAUAUAUAAUAAGUACUGCAACUAUCCUAAUUCAAAAAGAAAAAAAUAAUUAAUAAAAAUGUAAAAAAAUAGAAAUGGAACAACUUCCUAAAGGUAUUAUUAAAAAAUAACUGUAGCUACCGUUUAACAAUUUAUUAAGUCUUCCACAAAUGGAGAUAUGAAGUGUUCAAAUGAAUUUGUAACUUAAGUGAUGUCAAUGGCUAGAGAAUAUAUCUAAUUAGUUUCUGAUUAAGCAAAUACAAUUUGUUUAGAGUAAGGAAAAAAGACAAUAUCAGGAGAAUUCUUUUAUAAGGCUAUUUCAAAGUUAAAGUUAGACAAUUAAAUACCUCAUCUUAAGGAAAUAGAAGAAGAAAUUAAAGAAGAAGUGAAUGUAUAUAUGAAUUUUAUUUUAAGGUUAAAAAUUAAAAUAGAGCAAGGUUUUAAGAUGAAGAGCACUUGAAAUAGUUAGAAGAAUAAUAGAAAUAAUUAUAUGAAAAGGCAAAAUUGGAGAAUAGUAAGAAUAUGAUAGAUGAUGAAGAACAUGGCAAAUCAAGAAAAUUGAAUAUAUAGUUUGAAUAAGAUGAUGAAGAUUAAUAAUGA